AUGAGUUUCGGUGUUAGUUCAGGCGAUAUCGUUCUUCUCACAAAAUUUACCUACAAGAUUCUGUCUUCCCUCGGAGAGGACGGUCCCAGAUCAGAAUACCAGCACGCUGAAGAGGAAUGUGAAGCUUUUCUUUCUCUCAUAGAGGAGAUUCAAAGUCUCGAUCUUUCUAUCGUUCCUGAGUCAUUUCAGCGAAAAGUUUUUCAUUAUUCGACAAAUAUGCAAAGACUUGUCGAGACGUUCAAAAAGAGCAUUAAGCAAUAUGAGAAGUCGUUGGGCAAAAAUUCCAGCCGAGGCUCAAUCCGCAGUGCUCCAAGAAAGGUCCAAUGGGCACUCCGAGCUGCCGCUGACCUCCAAAUAUUCAGGAAGGGUCUUGGAAAUCAGAUUCAAAUUGUCCAACUAGCCAUAUCGACAAGCAUACACGCAAUGAUUAGCAGUCGCUCACAGUUACUGCCUAUGUCCGUAUCACCAUCGCAUAAUCUCCUUAAUGACGGCCCUUACAGCACUUCACACACACAUACACAUCUCGCCCCACUGCGGUAUUCCCCUAUAGUUCCUCCUUUGAUGGGUGGAUAUCAAAUUCUUCACCAAGUCGAUCAUAUAACAAAUAUUGUUUAUGAACGACUACAGAAGAGACCGGAUAUACAGCCUCCUGGAAGGGUUCAUACGCUGCCAGAUGAUUCAAACAACACGACACCUGCUAUGCCAAUUGAUCCAACACAAAGAGGAAGCUUACGGCCGUCUACAUUUCAUUCACUUGAACAACAAGCCAAAAGUCAAGAGGAAACACUUGCAUUCCAAGGAACUAGCGCAAAGCAUAGUAUCCAGCAAAGUUUAGCUGAUGACAUCGAUGAAUAUCUGACCUCGAUGAACCUUGACAAACUGUCCCAGGCGGAGAGAAUAGAAGUGGACCGGAAUGAUCAAUUGCAUCCGUAUAUCACCCCUUCUGAUACAAUGCGACAAUUCAGAAGUCCUCAAAUCCUAGGACCUGCCAAUAUGACUGGCUCACUACAGCCGAGUCAAAUUCAGAGCGGUAGCCCAAACGAGCCAUGUUCUCGCGAUAAUACCAAGGCUAGCAAAUUCCGAAGGCUGGAUCCGCUAUCCGCUGCAACUAGUAUCACAGGUUUCUGCGUGUUAGCCGCUGAGUUUUCCUUGAAACUCACAAAUAUUUUCCAUGAUAUGAAUGGCGAGUGUAAAGAAGCACGGCUUCUUUCGCGAAAGUUAGGACAAUAUUCUGAACUGUUACAAUCGGCUGCUGGUGUCAUCGAUGCUAUGUCAUUCAGUGAGGAAUUACAGGGAGCGGGCACGUCAAUACUCUUUGAUAAUGCACUUCUCAUGUCAGAAAUGGAGACAGCUCUGUCUGGAUAUGCACGGCCCUACAGGUACAGACUGAUAAGAAAGCUUACAUGGAAUCUAGUAAAACGGGAUAUAAUGAAAAUGGUGGAACAGAUUGAUUUUCUCAAAUCUUCGCUCUCGCUCAUGCUGCAGUUGUAUCAAGUUAAGAUGACUGAGUGCCAAAUUCAGAUGUCACAGCAAUCUUCCCGGGGCGAGAAUUUACAAUAA